AUGGACGAAGAGCCACGGGGAUUCAGCACUUCUCCACCUGGGUCUGGUGGUGCUCCAAACAGCUCCAAUCCACAAGCGGGAAGCAGUGGCGGGGCGUUAGGCAGUAUGUCAAAGAGUGGAUGCACAUUCAUCUACUAUGUCAUCACCACUGAUGGCGACGAUCUCCGGUGCCCGAACGCCUUCAGAAUUCCGAAAAAACCAACUCACAUCACUCUCAGUGAUGUGCGGAGACAUUUCCCGCUUCCGGGCACGUAUCAUUUUCGGUUCCGGGUGAAGGUUAAGGAGCAUCCGUGGCCACCUGCAGACUUGGCUUCAGCUCAGCAGCCCUUCGUGUGGCUGGACGUCCUGGACGACGAUCAGCCGCUGCCAUUGUGCGACCACCGCAUCUACGUCAAGGCCACAAGACUGAGCUGGCAUUCCGGAGACUUGCAAAGCAUCGGCAGUCCCUUGCACGACUCCCGGACAAUCGACAGUAACAGAGACAAAGUAGCUUCUAGGCAGAUCCAGGUAGACCCCGCAGAACCGCGGGCACCGGAAGGUGGCAUCUUCCGUGGCAGCUCUCCUGUUUCUCCCGAGACUCUGCCUGCGAGUGCGUCGGCGUAUAACAGCUCCGGGUCAGGUUUUGCAGCUGGGACAGGAAGACAUGUGCAGUCUGCUGAUCCUGGAAGUGGCCGAGUCGCGGACAUGUUGCUUUUCGAUGAGCCCCUGCCGUCCGGAAACCGAAGCAGUCACAACGUUUCGUCGAAGACAGUUAACAACAAUAUUGACCUCAUUUUUUGA